AAUGCAUUGCUUCCAUCCAUUCCGUUGUUGGUCUAUCGUACGCCAUACUUUUUCUUUGUAAUUAGAAACCAACGAGAACCAUUUUGAUAUUGUUUUGUAAGUUCUGAGCAUCGUAAAAAUGGAAGACCAAGGAGGCAGCUCUGCCCCCAGAGUAAGUGACAAGAAGUUGGCGCAGACACAGGCUAAAGUUGAUGAAGUUGUCGGCAUUAUGCGUGUCAAUGUCGAGAAAGUUUUGGAGAGGGAUCAGAAGUUGUCCGAGCUGGAUAAUCGCGCAGAUGCCCUGCAGCACGGAGCAGCGCAGUUCGAACAACAAGCUGGUAAGCUUAAAAGGAAGUAUUGGUGGCAAAACUUGAAGAUGAUGUUGAUAAUUGGUGCUAUUGGUGCAGUUCUACUUAUCAUUAUAAUAGUGUCGCUGACCGGUGGUUCUUCAGGAAGCAACACUAACAAUGCGGCGCCAGUGACAGAAGCUCCGGCUGCUGGUACAGGACGAUAAUUGCCAAGAAUCUAAACCAUAAAUGAUCCAAGGAUUAGCAUGAAACUAAAAUAUUUCAGUUCGGGACUUGACUGAAUUCUGUAAGAUCCUAUAUUUUUGAAAUUACCUUUGGGCUUUAUAAGAAACAGUAAUAAAAAGACUACAUAUUUGUAUGUGCUUACCCUUUAUAAUGAUUGUUACUUGAAAUGUUUAGAUAAUAUAUGAAUGUUAAAAGUAAUGCAGCAGACGCUGUGAUUUGUCUAAGUGUUUCUGCCUGUAGGUUUGAUUUUUAUGGAAGAAGCCUCUGAAACAAUAGUUAUGGCAGUGGCGAAUUUGUAUUCUUGGCCGCCCCAGGAUCCAGGUCCUGUAGUAAGUACUAGCCACCCUUUUCUCAUCAACCAUCAUAUAGACUGCUGACCAUAAAAUCUGGCCGCCCUAGGCCGUGGCCUACUGGGCAAACCUGCCACUGAGUUUUAGUGUUUCAAAUAAAGUUUUUAAUGUUCCAUUUUACUAUCUGGUUAUUGUUACCUAAUUAUAAACCCAUUAUCUUAAAAUGCUGAUGUAGUUAACAGGUGGGACAAGAUAUAAAUUGUUGAAAUAUGGAAUGUUAACUUGCUAUAUGAUUUGUUUUUGAUUACAAGAAUAAAAAAAUAUUUUUAUCAUGUAAAACAAAAUAAGGUAUUCAUAUUACACAUGUAUUUUGGAUGUAAAAUGGCUUUACAAUAUUUUUGUAAUUGUUACAUAAGUUACAUACAUUGAAUGGCCAAUAUUUUGUAGAUUUGUAUUAAGUAGUCUUAAUCCAAAGUUGUUUUGUAUGGCAUACAAAAAAUAUAAUGGGCCAAAUACGGAACUGAUAUUUACACAACUUAACAUUUUACAUGUUUUGCCUCAAUUGCCUAAGAGUAUAAAGGUUUAACUACUAACAACUUAGUUUAUUCAUAAUUGUUUAUUAGUGUUUGUAAUGUUCAUAAAGUCUGGAUGUAGCACAAUUUGCAUAAAAUAACGAAAGCACAAAGUGUUUAAAAAUACUAGGCUGAUUUUACAUAUUCAUUACUAUUUAUUACUGGGAUUUACUGUAGUGGGUUGGGACCAUGGAGAGAGUAGUUUUUGUAUUCACUAUUUGAUAUUUACAAUGCAUUUUCUGAUUAAGAUUUAUAUAUUUUGGGAUGACGCCAACAUUCUUAAUAAAAUACAGUGCCUAAAACCUGUUGGGUCAUUCCAUAUAUGGAUGGUGAGAGGAAAUGUGACCUAGUCUUUUAUCUAUAGAAAGCCGUUUUUGUUUUCCUUGACUAUUUCCUGCUACAUAAAUUAACCUGUAAAAUGUUUUUACUGAGAAUCGCAGAGUAUCACAAGGUCUAUGAUGCAGAAAGUCUAUUUAGUAUAAAAGGCGUCAUUUCCUUUCCUCUUAACAAUAAAUGCUGAUGUAUUCCUAUUGUAAUUGUACCUAAUUAUAAUACAGUCUUUUAUAACUGUUAAGAUAUAAUAAAUGUAUGUAUUCUUCAAUUAAGAA